AUGUCGUCAGGUCCCUUGGAAAAUGCCCUCGAUAUAGUUAAUGCAUUCAAGUUUGACAUUGACAACGUUUGGACCACGCUCCUUGAGCAGUGGAACCACCUUCAGGAAGCCUUUGAGUCCAUCUCUCCUCCUCCAUGCCAACCAUUCCAGCUUUGGGCCUACGACAAAGUCGAUCCUAAAGUCUUGACGACUGUUCUUUCAGAGCUUUUCCAACAUCAUCUUGUCAAGCAAAGGAACCUGCGCUACCGACUAGCGGCUAUCGCGCACCGAUUCAACUUGGAGCCUGUCAUCGUUUGCUUCUUCCUCGGCAUUGAAGUCGCGCUCAACUUGCAAUGCCUCACAGCCCUCAAGACGCUUCAAUCCAACAAACCCGAAGUCACCCUAACCGAUAUCGCCACCAGAGUACAUCACUUGCAGACCGAUAUUACUGAUUCGUCUGACUCGGCUAGCCGCACCAACAAGUCCGAGGCCACCGCCGGUCCAAACCUCAGGGGAAGGCCCCUCGAACCUGCAAGGAAACGCUUUCGAGACGCUAUUCAGUUCUACGAUCCCACCGCUUGGCCCGUGAGACAACCGAAAGGCGGCCCCCGCCCCAAAAAGUCCACAUCCAGUACUCAACCGUUCCCUCCUUCUUCGCCCGUGUCUUCUAUCCAUUGCUCUGACGAGAUGGAGACAAAAGGAGGAAAGCUCACAAGGGAAGCCAGUGAGCCUAUUGCGCCUCCGCAUACAAUCCAGGUUGACCUCUGUCCGAAAACCCAAACAAGUCGGCAAACAACACUCAGCCUCAUCCAGGAGUGUUCUGAAGAGGAAGUAUCAGAGACAUCUGCUUUCGAGCAAGGCCGCGGGGACAAAGGAAACGACCACUCUGUCGCUCUCGAGGAUACAUCAGACCAGUUCUGCAGCUUCCAUGUUUCCCAAGACUUCAACGACGACGACGAAUUCGACGACGAUAACAAGUUCGAACACACCCUGCCACCAGCCACCUAUCCCGUCUUUCACAACCACCAAGACGAGGAAGACUCACUGGCACAAGAUAUUACGCAGACACCGUCUAUUGAUGUCGGGACGCAAUCGAAAAGUCUAAUGGCCAACACCCGCCGCCCCAAUCUUGAGUGGCUCAUUUCACAUCUCGACAGAUUUGAUUCGGGAAAAUGGUUCAACGACGACAUCAUCAACACUCUCCUCCGACGGUUGUGCAGCGACUCGGUUGCCUCGGUGGAAACAGGCGCGCCCACAAGCGCAUGGCGAGGGUGGACAAAAACGCCACAGUGGAUAGAACAAGCGUCCAGGAAAGCGGCAAUGCUCAUACCCUUUAACCAGGGAGGCAGUCAUUGGGUUCUCUACCACUAUGCCUCCUCUAUCCUGCACGUCUACGAUCCUCUCGGUCAUGAUGUCAGCCGCGACAACAUUACCACCCAAGAAGUUGCGCCGUUUGUUUCAAGAGUCUACGGGCUCGCUCUUCCGCCUCGUGUCAUGUCCUUGAAGGGACCGAUACAACCAAACACUUGGGACUGUGGGGUGUACUUGAUUGCCGCCGCCUCAAUUCUGGCAGAGGGGAACACUCUACCAGACAAGUUUGAUGGAGAUGUUCUGCGACAGCGAUACCGCAACAUGUACCUCACGAGUCCCUUUUCCACGCCUGCCGAAAGCAUCUGGAACUCUCACGCCGCAUCAGAGGGCACCACCACAGGAGCCAUUGCAUUCUUCAAGUUCAAGUCGAGCGUUUUGCUCAACGCUGCCACUUCUAGUUACGCGGAUGGCGACUUUCGCUCCUCGAGAAUCCGUGACUUCCUGGCCAACGAAACAUUACAUUUUGGUGCUGGCGCCUCUCUUUCAGGAUUAAAGGCGCUCCACAGGCAGCAUGAGGCGCAUUUACGUGCAGCACUGGAGAAAACAGCAGCCCUCACAAUAAUAUCAGAAAAGGAGACACAAGUAUUGAACCUCAAGGCCAUCCAUCGCCUCGCUCAAGGCCUUGCAGCAAGAGUAGGAGACUUCAAUGCGGCACAACAGGUGCCACCUGGCUCAAAUGCCUUGAUGUCAGCAGCCAAAGCUACAGAGGCCUCUUCGCAAACACUGAUGGCUUUGAUAGAGGCGGAAACCAACCCUGACGCCACUCUUCAAACCCUGCACGCCGAGGCUCAAGGUAUUGAGGCGGAGAUUGCAUAUAGUUACAGGCUCUGCGUGGUGUAUAUUCUUCUUCUCCGAAAGGCAGCCACAUCGUGA